AAGAGAGAGGGAGAAAAGCAGGCGAACGAAGGCGCUUUGGUGGACCACGAGGCAACGACAAACGGCGCAUACAUCGCCUCGUGCGAACAUGGCCCGGAAGGUGCGCGUGAGGCUACUGCGCAGAGUCUUGUUUUGCUCGGCGGGACGAGGGGAAUACGGAGGCGGACGCAUGUUCACGGGGCAUGGCGUGGUGCGCGUUCUAGUAAACAACUUGUGUGCGACUCAUGCGGGGAAUCUGCGUCCCGAGUAAUCGUGAUUUUUCUGCCGAACAAGCGCUAUACGUCGGUUCAGAAUGAAUUGUACCAUAUACGGAUAAAUCAUUUGCCGUGUGUCUCGUGAACACGGCCUCAUACGUGGAAUAUUAGUGCGGUUUAACCAAGUUUGUCGGUUUCUCUCUGAGAACUCGACCGCGGACCACCGCGUGUGUUCCUCUCUACGCGUAUGUGUUUACGUGUGUAGUGACUGAUACGCGUGUUUACAUAGAACAAGUGUCGCCGGUGUUGACCGAUUUCCAGUGUCAUCAAUCGACUUUCAAUCGGCUUCGAGUUUCGACGUUUCGUCGGAGUCAUUCUUCGUUUUUCUCCAUUCCACGUUGACACGGAUAUUAUUGUUCAUCGAUGGUGGGAGGAAGAUCGAGGAGAAGGGGAAAGUGUUUUGGGACGCCUCGUGCGUAAGGACGAGCAACAAGGGGAGCAAGGUAGAAUAAGAACGCGUUUGGGAGGGAGAGGAUACGUGGGCAGGAUAGCGAGGAUUCACGGUUCGGCUGUCAUCGAGUUCGACGCGAUCGAUGGCGGCACACAGCCACCGGUGUCAUUUCUUCGCCAGGAGAGACUGAUAUUUGGCUCAUUCUCGACACGGGAUUGGGCUCGAGCAAUAGUACAAGACCGCGAGAAGAGAUGCCUCUUCCACCGACGUUCCAACGACGUUGCGCCUCCGACUGGUCCUGAGCCCAGCCGAUCUUCCUCGAAUCUUCGUCCACCGCCUCUUUCGAGUCUACCCCUUCUUCCUCUUCUUCCUCUUCUUCCAUUCGAGGGGAGAGAGGGAAGGGAGGACGGUCGGGCAGGGUAACGAGGAACCGGAAGACUGGAUCGAGGAUUUGGAGGAAGAUGCACGAGGAGACGACGACCACGGGAGACGUUCGGAUGUGAGGAAGAGGGGAAAGGGAAAUAUCUGGAUUAUCGAGGCGGACAAAGGCGGAGAAAUUGGCGGUGUAUCACCGCCUGCGAGAAAGGCGGGCAUGGAGUCGUCGACGUGGUGCACGCGCAGGCUCGGUGGUAGCGUAGCGACGUCCGCGGAGUCGACGAUCGCCGUGGCGAAACUUCGCACGACGGCCUCCUCCCGUCUCUCGGGCGACGCUCGGCUCGCCAACGGUCGUCCUUCCACCGCUGCGGUCCCCCGAGUCGACCCCCAACCCUGCCCUUCCGCGCCUGCACCCGCGCAACACCACGACCACGGACCUUACCUGUCGCUCUGCGACCUCUGCGAGCGGCUCCGCGGCGGCCGGGUCGACGUCUCGGAUCGGCGGCGCGGAAAGGAAACGGAGGGAGGCCGGGAUCGGAUGACGGGAUGCGGGCAGCGGCCUCCAUCCGCGAGGAUAUCCACGGAUCCGAGCGAGCGACCACGGCCCAACCCCGACGACGACCCUUCCUCGAGCAGCUACGCGUCCAGCGUGGUGCGGUGGAACCCGACCAGGACGACGGGGAGGUCGCCCGCAACCGAGCAGCAGACGUUCACCUGGACCAUUUUGUUCCUAUUGGUACUCGUGUUCUCCGCUUCCGCGGACCUGCAGAAGGCUACGUCCAGAGAACGUUCCUCCAAAGAAGAGGGAGUGUGCCAAAGCAUAGACAUAAGAAACGCCGUGCGUCACUUCUCAAGACUGAAGGGAUGCCGACUAGUCGAAGGAUUCGUACAAAUUUUGCUGAUCGACAACGCCGAGUCAUCCGAGUACACCAACAUCUCUUUCCCGGAGCUGAGAGAGAUCACCGGAUACCUGCUUCUCUAUAGGGUAAAAGGGUUGCGCAGCAUCGGUCGCCUGUUCCCCAACCUGACCGUGAUCCGUGGCCACUCUCUGUUCAUCAACUACGCCCUCGUGGCUUUCGAGAUGAUGAAUCUGCAGGAGAUCGGGCUGCACAGCUUAACCACCAUCGUGAGGGGCUCCGUCCGUUUCGAGAAGAACCCCGCGCUCUGCUACGUGGACACGAUCGACUGGGACCUGAUCGCCAAGGCUGGCAAAGGGGAGCACGUGAUCGCGGGGAACAAUCCAAAAAACGGGUGCCCGGUGUGCGAGAAGCACUGUCCGCAAAGACUGACCAAGCAGGAUGAAUACCUCUGUUGGAACCAGCAACACUGCCAACGAAUCUGCGACCGGAAGUGCGAGAACAACGCAUGCGACGAGGCCGGGAAUUGUUGCCACUCGUCGUGUCUGGGCACGUGCAGCGGGCCGACGAGUCGCGACUGCACGGUAUGCAAGGACGUGGUGACGGCCGAGUCCGAGUGCAGGGAGCGGUGCCCGAACGGUAGCCUGGAAUUCAUGAAUCAUCGUUGCAUCGACGAGGAGAGAUGCCUCCGCAUGGAGAAGCCGAAGGAGGUGAUGAAGAACGUGAAGAACUUCCCCUACAAGCCUUUCAACGGUAGCUGCGUGAUGGAGUGCCCGCCCGGCUACAUGGACGACGAGUCGAGCGGGAGGGUCUCGUGCAAGAAGUGCGAGGGAUCGUGCCAGAAGGAGUGCGCGGGCGCGAACGUGGACAGCAUCGCCUCUGCCCAGAAGCUUCGCGGUUGCACCCACAUCACGGGCAGCCUCGAGAUCCAGAUACGGGGUGGGAAGAACAUCGUGAAGGAGUUGGAGGACGGGCUGAGCACGAUAGAGGAGAUAGACGGUUACCUGAAGAUCGUGCGCAGCUUCCCCCUCAUAUCCCUCAACUUCCUCAAGAAUCUUCGAGUGAUAAGGGGCAACGACAUCGACAACUCCAAGUACACCCUGCUCGUGAUGGACAAUCAGAAUCUGCAGGAGUUGUGGGACUGGAGCUUGCACAAGGAGAUGAGGAUACUGUCGAAGGAGGGGAGGCCGGGGAAGAUAUUCUUCCACCUGAAUCCUAAACUGUGCCUGUACAAGAUCGAGAUGCUGAGGGAGAAGGCGGGCCUGGGCCCGUUCACGGAUUACGAGGUGGCGCCGAACAGCAACGGGGACAAGGUGGCGUGCAACGUGACCGAGUUGAGGACGAGGGUGGGGAAGAAGUCGCCGUGGGGGGCGGUGAUCGAGUGGGAGCCGUUCAUCCACCACGACGCGAGAUCGCUGCUCGGUUACGUGGUUUACUUCAUCGAGGCGCCCAACAGGAACGUGACCAUGUACGACGGAAGGGACGCGUGCGGGGGGGACGGCUGGAAGGUGGACGACGUUUCCGCGAGCACCAACUCCUCCCUGAUGGACAGCAGGCAGGAGAAGAGCGUGCACACCCACUACUUGUCCCAGCUGAAGCCGUACACCCAGUACGCCUAUUACGUGAAGACUUACACGAUCGCGACCGAGAGGUCCGGGGCGCAGAGCAACCUCACCUACUUCAGGACUAUGCCCGAGGCGCCCAGCUCGCCCAGGUCUCUCAUCACGUGGAGCAACUCGAGCAGCGAGUUGAUCAUGUCCUGGCUACCGCCCCUCCACAACAACGGCAACCUCACCCAUUACCGCAUCACGGGCAAAUGGGAGCCGGACGACCCGAACUUCAUCGAUCAGCGAAACUAUUGCGAGGAACCCAUGAUGCUGUCCGACAAGAAACCGAUCACCCUCGCCGAGGAGGAGAGGAAACGGAUGGAGGAGGAGAAGGAGCAGAUGGUGCCCGAAACGGGGACCUGCGAGUGCGCCGAUCGGGAGACCGAUCAAUCUCUAAGGGAGAAAGAGGCGUCGAGCGCGAUCGAUUUCGAGGACGCGUUGCACAACCAAGUGUACGUGAAACGUAAACCGAGGAGGAAGCGGGACGUCUCGGAUAUAUUGUUCAGGAAAACGAAAUCGUUGGAUCAGGUAAUCAGGAUCGAUAUCUUUCUUCUUCUUUUUUUUUUUUUUUUGCCAUUACUUUCCAAGAACGCGAAAAAAAACUCUCGCCCUUUCAUAACUCGUUUCUUGCCGGCCGUGCAUUGGCAGCCCGUGAACAAGAAGGUGAACGGAACGUAUAUAACAUUCGAGGAGAACGUGCCAAGCACGAAUCGUUCCUUCGUGAUGAAAGAUCUCCGCCACUUCGCCGCGUACAACAUCGAGGUGCAGGCGUGCAGGGCGCAGGAGAUGAACGACACUUACAAGAAAUGCUCGACCAAGAGCAUGAGGACGUAUCGCACGUUGCCGUUGGAGAGCGCCGACAACAUUCCCCCGAAUACGUUCAAGAUGAGCAUAUCCGGCGAGAACAACAGCCUCACCAUGGUCACGCUUCAAUGGGACGAGCCACCGCAGCCCAACGGCCUGAUCAUCACCUAUCAGAUCGAGUACAAGAGGGUCGAUAUACAGAACUAUAAACCGACCGUGGUGUGCAUCACGAGGCGGGACUUCACCAAGGCUGGCAACUCGUACGUCCUGAAGGAGCUUCCAGCGGGGAAUUAUUCCGUGAAAGUUCGAGCGACGAGCCUCGCGGGGAACGGGGCGUACACCCACGUGAAAUACUUCUACAUCGAGGAACGGAACACUAUGAACACGUUCUGGAUAGUGUUCUGGCUCCUGUUCUGCGCCGUCCUCGUCGUCUUCGGCUCGGUCGCUUUCUACGCGUGUAAACGGAAAUUUUUGAGGAACGUGCCCAACGUGACGCUGAUCGCCACCGUGAAUCCCGAGUACGUGAGCACGCCGUACGUAUUGGACGAGUGGGAGGUACCCAGGGAGAAGAUCGAGAUGCUGAGGUCGCUGGGGACAGGCACGUUCGGUAUGGUGUACGAGGGAAUCGCGAAGGACAUCGUGAAAGGGAAGUCGGAGGUUCGUUGCGCCGUGAAGACGGUGAACAAGGACGCGACCGAUCGAGAGCGAAUCGAGUUUCUCAACGAGGCGUCCGUGAUGAAAGGUUUCGACGCUCAUCACGUGGUGAAGCUGCUCGGCGUGGUGACCCGUGGUCAGCCAACGUUGGUCAUUAUGGAGCUGAUGGUGAACGGGGAUCUGAAGAGGUAUCUGAGGAGCCACAGGCCGUGCGAGAACAUGUCGAACGCGCCCCCAAAAUUGGACAGGAUACUGCAGAUGGCGAUCGAAAUAGCGGACGGGAUGGCUUAUCUGUCCACCAAGAAGUUCGUUCAUCGAGAUCUGGCGGCCCGAAAUUGCAUGGUUGCCGAAGACUUGACGGUGAAGGUGGGCGACUUUGGAAUGACAAGGGACAUCUACGAGAGGGAUUAUUAUAGGAAGGGGAGCAAGGGUUUGUUGCCGGUCAGGUGGAUGGCGCCCGAGAGUCUGAAGGACGGUGUGUUCAGCAGCUAUUCCGACGUGUGGAGUUACGGUGUCGUUCUCUGGGAGAUGGUCACCUUCGCGUCCCAGCCUUAUCAAGGUUUAUCCAACGAGCAGGUGCUGCGAUACGUGAUCGAGGGAGGCGUUAUGGAGCGGCCGGAGAAUUGCCCCGAGUUGUUGUACGAGUUGAUGAAGAGGACCUGGAGGCACAAGGCGACGAGGAGGCCCACGUUCAUGGACAUAGCGAGCAUGUUGCUGAAGCACAUCGAUCCGGACAGUUUUCAAGAGGUUAGCUUCUAUCACAGCCCGGAGGGAGUGGAGGCGAGGAAUCAGAACAGGUCCAACUCGCCCCAGACGAAUCAGCACCUGGAACUGGCCACCUUGCAAGAUCUGCAGGAAGAGGAGGCGGAAGGGGAGGAGGAUUCCCCGUUACGGCAGGAUUUCGGCGACUUUGCCAGCUUCGAGCCGGCCAGCAUCAAGAACAGCUUCGGCUCCCGUUUCAGGAUGGACUCGUACGGCGAGAAUUCGAAAACGAUUGCGACCAAUUGCCACGACAUGAACUCGUCCAACGUCCCGUUGAAGGCCGGCUUCGACGACUUCGACGGCGUCUCCGCGGAUUCGAUCGCCUCCGCCAAGGACGCGUUGAACCUUCCCUUCGUCGAGGACAGCCUCAAGUCCGUGAGGAGUUCGCCGUUCGUGAACGCGAAGAGCGCGUCCCGCAGCAACCUGAGCCAAUUGUCUACGAGCAACAGAUCCGCGACCAGCCCCAAGAAUCCGAGCGGGAAACGAAGUUUCCUCGGCAGCCCGAACUCGUCCAAGAUUGCAGCGAACCCGGAUUACGAGAACGGCAGCCCGGAGAUCUUGUCCGCGGCCGAGAAGAGGGAGACGGCCCCGCUUCGCCUCGACUUCCCGUCCAUCGACGCGAUCGACAUCGACAACGGGAUGGAGAAGAAGGAGGCGUUGUCGCCCGUCGAAUACGUGAACAAACCCGAGACGUUGAACAACGGGUACAUAGGUGGCACGACCACGUAGUGUUAACGGGGGUUCGCACCCCCGAAACAAGGCCGCGACGUCGAGGGUGCGUUUUUAUCGUAUGGAGCGUAUGAGCACGAGUGGAUCGAACCGAUCGAAGAAGAUCGAAGAAGAUCGAAGAGAAAGAAGAUCGAGGAAAUCGCGCCGUGUUUCGAUCGGUGUUUGAACGUUUGAGCGAACGGAGAAGCGAGCGGGUAUAAAUUAUUAUAUAUAUUUCUGAAAGGAAAGUCUG